AUGGGUUUUACGGUUGGCCAUGGAUGUUGGCUGGCUAUCAAGUUGGUCAUCAUUACCGAAUUACUGACACGGGUAUUUGGGGUCUAUCAGGUAUGGCAGUUUCUUGAAAUUUUAAUGAAGUAUAAUAAAAUUUUUAAAUUAAAAUUUCUUAAGUUAAAAAUUUUUUUGCAAACAUGAAUAGAAUUGUAAAAUACGGUGACGGAAGCGUUCAUGUUUUAGAUCACGCCAGAAAAGCCAUUAGAAUUCAAGAUUCAGAGUUGUUCAUCAGAACAGAAUCCGAUGAGAGAAGAGACCAUGUUGGUAAGGACCUUUUGCUAACAUAUUACAGUGUAUAACGAAUUGCUCUAAGCUACAAACUAAAACUUUUGAAGUGAUUUAAAAAUGGUUUGUUAUAAAGGAGUUUCGGUGUUGAGGUAGUUUAAAUUUAGAUUUUAGUUUUGGCUGCGGGUUGAAAGUUUGUCGUUUUACAGGAGUUACAUUGUAUACACAUUAUUUGGUUACCUAAGGGUAGCUUUUGUAAAAAAAUUUGAAAAAUAAAAAAAAUUUUUUUUAGUUUCUCGAUAGUAUGACACUUCUCUCUAUAAUGACUGCUUUCUUACCGUUCUUUGUAAUAUGUUCUUUGUAGAAUACCUAUCAAAAUUUACUUACAGUAAAACUUCUGUAUAAACGAAUCGGUAGGGGAAUUAAAAUUUGUCUGUUAUGAGGAGGUUUUGUUAUAGAGAUGUUUAAAAUGCACUUUGUAAUGAUAGCCGGGGAUUCAAAAAUUGUUUGUUAUACUGUUCGUUACAUAGAGGUUCCUUAUACGGAGGUUCCACUGUCUUUAAAGAUAUUGAGACACCUUGGUUAUAAAGAAAUGUUUGGACCAGUCCCUUGAGUGUCAUAAUAAAGAGCUUUGACUGUAUUACAAAAAAUUGCAAAAACUUUCUUUACGAAAGCAAUAAGACUAAAUAUCUAUUAUAUAGUCUCAAGCUACAAAACACUCAAUUUGGAAACGCCUUUUUAAAAAUGCCGUAAAGUAUUCUUAUAGGUCAAAAAAUGUUUUUUUUUGUAAAAUACGGUCGGUUGAUCUUUCUUUUGAUAAAAAUAGUUAUUCAAUGUAUAAUAUGUGUGCCACUACUUAAAUUACAAUGUUAAUUUUUAGUCGGUUCUUACUUUUUAAAAAAAUUGUUUAAAAUAUUUAAAUUAGCAAUAUUCUUUAAAGCAGGAAAAUAGUAAUAACGGCUUUUUAAAUGUAAAAAAUCAUUUUUACCGUAUAACUUGUCAUUGACAGGCUGCAAAAUUUUUCUUAAUUUCUCUACUGCCUCCCUUUACCCUUGUUUUCCCUUAAAAAAUCGAAAACUACCUUUCAAGACAAAAAAUUUAAAAAUUUUCAAAUUAUAUUUUUUUUAGUUCUUCCCCGAGAACGUUCGUUACUGUGCCUCUCUUCGUACUACAAAGAACGGUGUGUCAUAUAUCCGCGACAAGAAUAAGACAACCUACUUGAAGCCGGUGGUUGAAGUUACUAUACAUGAGAUCGGCUCUCCGCAUCAAUGUGACCUCAGCUUUAUGGGUUAUGGUGGUGAAUAUAGAAUGGCACCGGACCUUGGAUUCUACAGUACUUGUGCUAAACCAUUGUCCAAGUAUACUGAUGAAUUGGCAUUGGGAAGUGAGAAUCCGAGCUUCAAUGUCACUAUGAGUUCAUGUCCGAUUCACAGUUUGCCGAAAAAGUAUAGGGUAAGUUGGAAAUGACAUUUUUAAUGUAAGGUAGGUUAGAAAUGAUAUUUCUAGUAUAGGAUAGGUUAGAAAUGGCAUUUCUUACUUAGAGUAAGUUACAAAUGACAUUUAUAAUAUAGGGUAGAACAUUUUUAAAUAAGAUAGGUUCAAAAUGGCAUUUUUAAUAUAGAGUUGGUUAAGAAUGUCACUUCUAUUGUAGGCUAGGUUAAAAAUGACACUUCAAUUAUAGAAUAGGUUAUGACAUUUCUAAUAUAGAGUAGGCUAAAAAUGUCAUUUUUAAUCUAGGGGAGGUUAGAAAUGAGAUUUAUUAUAUAGGGUAGGUCAAAAAUGACAUUUUUAGUAUAGGAUAAGAUAGAAAUGACAUUUUUAAAGGACCAGUAUAUAUCAUUGGCAUUCUGUCGCAAAAAUUCGACGUUCAUUUUUUUUCGCAAAAAAACCUGAGCAGGUCGGUCCCAAAUUGGAAAAUUCAUUUCGACACCGACCCACUCACGUUUUUUGAGAAAAAUGAUUUUGAUUGAAAUUGCCUAGUUUUCGACGCUUUUUGCGACAGAAUGCCAAUGAUAUUUGAAUGGGCGAACUGGUCCUUUAAGAUAGGGUAGAUUAAGAAUGACAUUUCUAACAGAGGGUAAGUUUAAAAAGAAGUUUUUUGCAAGAACUUUGUUUACAACACAAAAAAUGCGAAUUUUUACAUUUUCAAGAACAUGAUUCAUCGUAUAAAAAGUCACCCGCAAACUGCAAAUCAAAAAAUUCUUAAAGUUGACAAAACUUUCUUUACAAAAUCAAAAUAAGAUGACAAACCUUUUCAACUCCAUUUCAGGACUACCUAUCCUGUGACCUAGUACGUCAUCGAUGGUAUGAGUUGAUAUACCAUAGUCAUGUCAGAUACGAAGUGUUUCAUAAAAGAAGGUACUAUCAGUCAUGGGCUAACUACUCUACUGUUUAUAUGUUCAAGCCAGACAAUUUUAUUGAGAGAACGGGCAAUGAACUGGAUUGGCUACAGAGGCUGAUCACUCUUGAGGCUACGUAAGUUUGAAAUGGCAGAAACUUUGUUUACAGAAAAAAAUGGCAAAGUACUUUUGAAAAUAAGAAGACUUUGGAAAAAAAACUAUCUUUACAGUUUAAAAGUGGCAAAAAUUUUUUUUAAAAAACUAAAUUUACAAAAAAAUACAAUUUCUCGUAUAACUUGUCACUUGCAGGAUGCCUUUUGCACUAUAUGUUUCUUUUUUAUUGAAACUAAAGGAGCUUUCUUUACAAACUGACAACUGAAAAUGAAUUUAAAAAAAUUGCAAAAACUUUCUUUACAGUACAUAAACAUAAAAAACUUUAUUACACCUGCUGUUUUUAGUCAAAAACAUUGUAAAAAGGUGCGAUACCUAAUUCGAGUUGACGAAUCUUGGCCCUUGCCGAUUACUGUAUUCAUUGACUACCGUAUCCGUGAAGGCAACUUUGUCAAGUUUUCACAACAUUUGGGUAAUGGAACAAUCGACCAGUGGUUUAGUGGAAGUUUUGGUAUUAAACGAAGCGACCGAGUUCAAGAAGUUUGCGUUCAGGUGGGUUGGGGUGGAUGGUUUAUACGGGGCUCUAGGCUAGGGCUCAUGGCUAACUAAACAUUUUCAAACGCAAUAUUUUAGUUAGUCUGGCGCGGUUCCCGGAACCGGUUUCGACUGUGCCGAACCUUCCUUCAGCCUGGAGAAUGUCCAUUUGCUCAAAGUUCGAGCAAUCCAAUGACAAUUCCAUUGUUACUUUCAUUCCUGUUGGCUAUAAUGCUUGUAAUACGUACAUUGUAA